AUGAACAAAGCGCACGGACCAUGUCGCCCCACCGCCGCCUCGCUAAAGUUCACCAUCGACAGCAUCCUGAACUUGAACACCAAGGCAAAGAAUGAGUCCUACUCGGACAGGACGCAGGGGGACAAGGGCACGUGGGUUAUGCGUAAAGACGCUUUCAAAAGUCACUGUGAAGAGGACAAGGAAGUUCAACGGAGGCACGACUCGGUCACGGGACGCCACGAACGAGGCGCGCUCACCGACAGCGUAGCGUCGCCGGAAAGCACCGAAAUCCACCGUGAAGAGCCGAAGAAGGCGACCGACGGGCGCUUCGACAGCGGCGGGGACAGCAGCUGCGACGACAGCUGCUCCACCACCACCACUUUCCUCCAGAAGGACGGCAGCAGCUCAAACAAGGACGGCAAGAUCAUCACCAAGAAGAAGACGCGCACCAUCUUCUCCAAGAGACAGAUCUUCCAGCUGGAGUCUACCUUUGACAUGAAACGCUAUCUGAGCAGCGCUGAGCGAGCCUGCCUCGCCAGCUCCCUCCAGCUCACAGAAACUCAGGUCAAGAUCUGGUUCCAGAACCGCAGGAAUAAGUUGAAACGUCAGAUAUCCACCGACAUGGAGGGGGGGUCUUGCGCUGAUUUUUCUGACAACAAAGCCAUGGUGGUGGGGCAGCUGCCGGCCAUGUACAAAGAGACCAACCUCCUUGGGAGAUGCUUGCUGCCCGUGCCUCUGCCAAUCGUGUAUCCCGGGAGCAGCGCGCCUUAUCUCUGCUUCUCCAACGCCAGCAAGUACUUCAGUCUCUACGACGGGGACUUAUGAUCCAUGGGACCCCCGGCGCGUCUCCUUGGGGACGCGGACAUGGAUGGAGGUCUGUGGACGAGCUUCAAA